AUGGCUUCCUCAAAUGUCAACGUCCUACUGUCGUCCUUUCCGGGACUGUCGCUGCCCGCGACACUCUCGUUCACCUUGCCAUCGACAGCGAGCACAUCAGACCUGACGGCCAAGAUCGCUUCAUAUCUGCCGUCAUCGGUUUUACUCCAGUCGCUCGUCCUUACUACAACAAAUAACAAGCAGCUCACAGCCAGCUCCGAAUGUAUCCAAUCUUUACUCCCGACCUGUGAUGGCGUCUUUACCUCUACACUCCUUCCGCUUCGCCUGACUACCCCCCUCUGCGGUGGAAAAGGUGGUUUCGGCUCUCAACUGCGUGCCGCCGGUGGCCGCAUGUCCAGCAAGCGCAAGCGCAACCAGGGCGACAACAAUGGCUCCAGUCGCAAUCUCGAUGGUCGCCGGCUACGCACUGUCAAUGAGGCAAAGGCUCUCGCAGAAUACCUUGCUGUCAAGCCAGAGAUGGACAAGAAAGAAAAGGAGGAACGCCAGCGCCGAUGGCAGUCCGUGGUGGACAUGGCCGAAAAGCGCCAAGACGAAUUGAAGAACGGCAGCGGCAGACAGAAGUUGGAUGGACAGUGGAUGGAAGACAGGGAAGAAAUGAGCGAAAAGACCCGCGAGGCAGUUCUACGUGCUGUAAAGGACGGCGGAUGGACGGACAAUCUUCGCGACACAAUCCUGGGGGAUCCAGCACCAGCGCCAGCGACGAGGGAAACUGCACCCAGGAAGUUCAUUGGUUUCGAUGAUGACGACGAGUUCAUGAGCGACUCCGAUGAAGAGAUGGAUGAGUCUGACAAGGGAAAGGGAAAGGCGCGUGCUUAA